UACGGCGGAAGUGGUUUGUGCUGGGAGUUGGUGGCGCGGUGCAGGGCUCUUAGGAACGAACGGCUUGGGCGCGGGUAAUCAGCUCCCUUUCCCCUUUUCUCUACCUCUUCUAGGUUCUUGGGAGUACGGCGGAGCUUCCGGACCUGAUGCGGGCGCCCGGUCGUGGACUGUCCCACCCUGUUCCUCUACUGCUCGGGGUGCUCCGCGCCCAGACUGGUAUCCAGGGACUGUGACUUGCAGGGUCCACCAUGGAACCAGAGCAGAUGCUGGAGGGACAGACGCAGGUUGCAGAAAAUCCCCACUCUGAGUACGGUCUCACAGACAACGUCGAGAGGAUAGUAGAAAAUGAGAAAAUUAAUGCAGAAAAGUCAUCAAAACAGAAAGUGGAUCUCCAGUCUUUGCCAACUCGUGCCUAUCUGGAUCAGACAGUUGUGCCUAUCUUAUUACAAGGACUUGCUGUGCUUGCAAAGGAAAGACCACCAAAUCCCAUUGAAUUUCUAGCAUCCUAUCUUUUAAAAAACAAGGCACAGUUUGAAGAUCGAAACUGACUUAUUGGGAAGAACAGAAAAAUUUGGUUUCCACUGUAGAUUUACAUGAUUAAGAGGCAACUUUAAUUGCCAUGAUUCCCCCCCCCCCCCCCCAUUUUGGAAGUAUAAGAAUCAUCAGGACAGCAGAACUUAUUUUGGAGUUGCAGAAGAAGACAUAUCUCCCUUAUUGAUUUAAUCACAUACUUAUUUAAUGAGUGUAUUCUGUGCAGUUUUUUCUCAGAUUGUCUUUAACUUUGUUUUUAAAAUGACCUUCAAAAUAAACUGUUAAAACAUCA